AUGUACGGCUUCGUACACGCACCUCGGAAGUGGUGGUUAGAUUUCAAGGAGUCUCUCAACAAGCUCAAGCUUGAGGCCAUCCAGUGCGAGCCCCGCGUCUGGGUCAUCAGGGACGGCGACGGCAAGCUGAUCGGUACGGUCAUUCUGCACGUAGACGACAUGACGAUCGCCGGAGACCACACUAACAAGUCCAUCUUGCGGAAGCGGAAGGAGAUUCAACAAGCUUUCGAAUGGACACCCUGCGAGAGCAAGGCUUCCGUUCAAUGUGGAGUCAGCAUCCGCCAGAACAAUCAUUUCACCUGCAGCCCCGCCCAGGACACCUACAGCAUGAACGUGGAACCGAUUCCAGCCAAGCGCGGCAGGAAGCCUACUGACGGAGUUUCUGAUCGCGAACGCUCUGAUCUACGGGGACGGCUUGGUAACGUGGGCUGGAGAGCGCAGCAGUCAGCACCGUGGCUCAGCGCCGAAGUUUCACUACUACAAGCCGAGAAUCCUACCGCGACGGUCUCCACGAUUCAGAAGAUCUACAAGCUCAUCCGCGCCGCGAACGACACGGCAGUUGUUGGCUGGGGCGACGUGCAGAUGAUGACGGAGACGCUCGACGACAUCAGCUACGUGCAACUACUCAUCUACGAGCUAGAGUGCGGCCACGUGGAUUACACCAACAAGCAGGCCGUGAACGACGCCAUCUCAACCUGCCCUGGAGUCCUGGUCACAGUUGGGAAGUCUGGGUACGAAACCAUCGAGAAGAGCGAGUCUGCUGGACUGGGUGUUCGAGAUAAGAGGACCGGUAUCGAGUGCCUGGGCAUCAGGCAGCAGAAGCAGCAGACAGGGCUCCAUAUUCGCUGGGUUCACAGCGAUGCCAUGCUAGCCGACGGUCUUACGAAGGACUGCGCCGCCAAGGCCCUGCUGGAGUUCUUCAGAAGCGGACAGCGCUGGCGGCUAGUGGACGAUCCUCUCCAUCGGUUAGCACGCAAGCGCGAGUCCGAGGGCAUCGACAAGCUAGAUCACGGCACCCCGCUGGAUCCCGACACCGCCCUGUAA